GAGACCCAAAGACGAUGGAGCCGGAUAUGUGAACGAUGCUUCCAGCGAAGGGGACGUGGAUCAUUUAAGCUGUGCGCAUUUCUUCUCAGAGUGACAACAUGGAAUCAGAAAACCUAACCGAUCCGUAUGCAGACAACCGGGAUGUUGAUCAAAGUCGCCAGUCCCUCCGAAGUACAAAGAAAGAUUCCAGAGCAUCCUCCCUCCAGAAACACAAACCGAUCUUCCAGGACAAGGUCCAGGGUGAGGGAGAAAAAGACGUCUGUGUUGAGAGUAGAUCGAAAACCAGAACCUGGCGUUCAGAUCCGGAUCAGGACCGACUAUCCGAUGGAGAGGGACGGAGGAGUACUGGGUCGUUGUACUCGGAGGACUAUGAGAAUGAGUCUCCUUCAGGCCGCUCAAUGUCACCAUACUCCCAGUCCCGGAGUCCAUCACUCACGCCUCAGAGAGGUGGGCGGGUGAAGAGGAUUUCUAACGGCCCCUUCUACAAGACCGGUGUUGUGGGGCGCCGGGGUGUGACACGCCCACUGCGGCCGGGUGGCCAGCCCCUCCCCCAGCAGCAUCGCAGGGGAGUGCGUUCCGGAAGCAAGGAGUCCUCGCCCCCUAAAGACCUGGACCUGGUGACCAAGAGGAUGCUCUCAGCCCGCCUGCUGAAGAUCAAUGAACUGCGUAACUCCCUCGCUGAGCUGCAACAGCGCACCGAUGAGCUGCAAAAGGAAAAUCGAGUCCUCAGACAGCUUCAGGCGCGUCAAGAGAAAGCCCUGCAGCGCUACGACGACACGGAAAGCGAGAUAUCCCAGCUGCUGUCGCGCCACACCAACGAGACCCACGUGCUGCGCGAGCGGCUCAGGCGCACUCAGGAGCGCGAGCGGGCCGCCGAGCGGCGGAUGAGGGACAGCGAGGAGCAGCUGCAGAGGAGCCAGGCGACCAUCGCGCGGCUCAAGAAGCUGGUCGACCAGCGAGAUUUAGGGGCCAGAGACGAGCUGAGCCGCAGGCUGGAUGAGGAGAGGACACGGGCCCAAGAGGCGGAACACAAGAUUAAGGAGCUGGAGCGUAGCAUGGAGCUGAGCAGCAACAGCUACCAGAGGCAGAUGGUUGCAGAGAGGAAGAAGACCAUCAGUGCCCAGGAAGAGAUCAUGACUCUGCAGGAGGAGCUGGAACGACUGACCAAUAAACUCAAGGAGAAGGAGCGAGAACUCGAUACUAAGAACAUUUACGCCAAUCGCAUGAUGAAACCUGCACUGAGAAGAGAUGUUGACAGUGGCGCAAAGCGGAUCGUCCCCAGCAGGGGCAGCACCAAGGCCGCUCAGACUAAAGACGGAACGUCUAGUCUGGAUUUCCCUUCGCCUCCUCCUGCCAUCGACGAGUGCAGUGAACAGGCGCCCGAUGGAUACCUAUCACUCAAGCCGCAGUUCGACGGAGAGGACCGACGGGCGGAGACGGAAGACAGACGUCAAAAGUUGGAACAGCAGAGGAUGAGAGUAAGAGCGAAAGGAGGCGGCAAGGAGACAGGGAAGAACGAGGAGGAGCAGCGGCAACUGAACCAGGAGCUCCACGUGCUGGAUGAGAAGGCGGUGACAGCGAGAGACGGCCGGGAGAGAAAAACGGAGCGAGACGAGAGUAAGAGGACAGCGGAGGGGUCCCUGUUAAACCAGGAGGACGAGAACGACAGGAAGCGCGGCCAUGUCCAGGAAGAGGUUGAGCGGUGGAACCAGGGGGCUGCGGCCAAUCAGCAAGCAGCAGAGGAAGCACGUCGCAAAAAGGAACAGCUGCUGGCUAAGCUGCGGGAAAUCGACCGCCAGGAACACGGGGCCCAGGACGCCAUGUUUGCCGAGCACGGUCCUUUUGAGUCGAAUAAGGUCCCCGCUGACCAUUCUUCUCCUCGUCUUCCUGAGCAGAAGAACCACAGCUCUACAAAUUUCUACAUCACAGAAUCAGAGGAGUCGGCCGGUCUGCGCGCCGGGAGCGGUGAAGGCGGGAGGAGGAGAUCGGGCCUGCUUGGUGGGCCGGCCACAUCAGGGACGGGGAAGAGAGCGCCGCCUUCCCUAAUCACCGGGGACGACUUGGCAUUCGGAGGCUACGCGCCCUCUUUUGGACAUUCAGCCCCUCGCGGCUCCUCCAGCUUCCCCCCGCCUGCGCCCAAAGAGGACGCGGACUCGGCGUUGGAAGCCAUUGGUGUUUACAGUCUCAGAGGGUUGGAGACCGAGAAAGAAAAGGAGACUGAGAGCGGGCCGGGGAAGGAGAGGAAGUCCAACCUCAUGCAGCAGUUAUUUGGUGCCCUGGCAGCACCUGCGAGUGUCCCUGCGAGCACCUCCAAUAAAAUGGAGGUGCUCAACAGCCCUCCAAGUACCAAUGGAGUGCGAUCAAGACGGGAAGGACUGCUCAGCUUCAACUCGGGGUCUUCCACCCCUCCGGCGUCCUCCAUGAACACCCUGCACGUCACAGAUAGCCGGCCGGCCAUCCGUGCCAUCGCUUCAUUCGACGACGACAUAGAGGAACUUACUUUAUAAGAUUCAUUUCGAAAAAGAAAGGAAAGGCGAUUUCCCAAUAAAAAUAUCAACACUAUCAAUAGGAUUAAGCAUUUCAAGUUUCUAAAAUACUACAUGAGGGAUAAGACGUUUAAAUGUGAGACUGUGUCUCAUGCUGAAAAUGGGUAAUUUCAAGUGAUCUUCAAGCAUUCAAGUGUAUGUGUGUAGUAGGCAUGUGUGACAGGUGGCUGUCACAAUGCUGGUGAAAGUGCUAAUAUAGGUAAAACAUAACUUGUUUUCUAUAAUUUAUUGUAUAAAUAUUUGAAGAGCAAAGAUUGCAUAUCCACAAUCUACAGAAUCACUGCAACAAGGAUAAUUGUUUUAUAAAACACAGGCCGAAAGGCCGGGGAAACCGUCCCAAUGACACAGAUGUUGGCUGCAAAUCCACUUUAUUUGCAUUUCACAUUUAGCGCCUUGUCAUAUUUUGUAGUAACAACGGUUGGUUGCGGUUAUUGUUUUUCGUUGGUUGGGAUUACAGUUCCCUGGACCUACCUUUAUUUGGAGUUGGUUCUGUCAAUUUUGUCAUAAUGAAAAUGUUUAUUUACUGCUGGUUAAUAGCCACCAAUUUUAUGUUGAUCGUGACAAAAUGUCCCAUUAAAGCAGAGUACCAUUGACCCCACACAACAUUUUUAGUUUUCUAUAAUCAAAUGAUUGAUAAUUGAUAUAAGCUCAAUGACAAUUAGUGUUCUUGUGUGUCAUAUUACAACAAUUGGUUGAAUGGUAUGUUUUAAGCAAGUAAAGAUAUUUCUAUUUAAUUGAAA